CACGCCUCUGUCUGCGGUUCAGCUUGUUACACCUGCUGCACCUGAGCUAUUCAGCUCUGCUGUUCUAACAGCUCCAGCUCUUCUAAUCACUAACUGAGCUCUGCUUCAUCUGACUCUGCUGCUGCGCGCCUUCUAUCCAGUGACAGCUCGCUCCACCUGACUGUAUCCCCAGUGCUUGCCACUUAACCGAGACCACUCUUGCAGUAGCGACCUGGUGUCUCCCCUGCAACUAAGACCAGCUUCCGCAUUUUGGAGCGGGAUAAAGAGUGAAAACCAGGGCAACACUUAGAUUCCGCUCCCAGGUUUGGCCCAAAGCCAAACCAGUAAGUGGCACAGCGGGUCCACACCCGUUGGAGCAUUGCAGUCAUGUAGAAGAGAAAAUGAAAGGAGAAAGGAAAAAUGAUAACAAUGGCACUACAAUCCAUAGUCACCACUCUAGAUCCAGAGAAGUCCUCAGAGACACAGUGAGCGGCGGUUCCUGGAGAUUGUAAUAAGCAGUUAUCAUGUUCAAAAGCCUCAAAAUAUCGAAUCAUUUAAGAGUUACUUUGAGGUUUCAUAUAUUCUUAGUAUUCUGCACUUUGUUGUGUUCUAAGCUCUAGUCUCCUUUUUCUUUCUUUAAGAUUGCAUCUUCCGGGUCCUCUGUGUAUCUGAGGCAUAGAAGAAAAGACACAAGCAGCUUUAAUAAAGAGCUCAGCCACACCAGGAAGCUGAUCAGCAGUGUAAAACAAGGUCGGGGUUACUUUCAUAUUCUCCAACAAGAGGAAGAACGGAAAAAACUUGGACGCACAAAAGAAACAACGCCUGCUACAGGAAAAAUACAGGACUGAACCGCAGCCCUUCAGGGACUUCAGCGAGGAUAGCUCAGGGGAAGACGAAGAAAUGAGUAAACCAGAUAAUAAGACAAGGUUCUUUCUCACAGAGAUUGGAAAACAGCAGAAAAAAGAGAAGAGGGCAAUGAGCCGUCCAUUCACGCCUGUACACAACAGUCUGUUUUCCAAACAAGUCCUUGAUGUAGAUCCGGAAACUCUCUUCCACCAGCUCUGUGCCAUACAUUGGCUGUUAGAGACUCUAACCUCGGAUCCAUCUGUCUUCAUGAGGCCUAUGUCAUCUUGUUGGAGUAUAAGAGAUCCUGGUGGCUGUAAAACUUCAUUAAAACGAAUCAAUAGAGAGAAGGACGUGGAGAUGAAGUGGGAGCAGUUUAUCAUGCCGGGGAAGCAUAAAAAGCAGAGUCAAAAGCUUUUCCGCAACCACUUACGAGCUCGGAAACUAUCCUUCCUCAGCGUCUCACGUUUUAGUGGACUUUCUUCAGCGCACACACCAACCAUAGGUAGUGUUUCCUCCCUUCUUCCGGGCUCUGAUGAAAUGGCAACUGGAGGCACAACAUCCUCAGACGCCCCUCAAGAAGGUGGGGACGACUUAGAGUCCACUGUCAAUAGUUCCCUCCAUACCCCAGGCAAACUGAGCAAAGAGGAGGAUGAAGAGCAGCUGUCUGAUUAUAUGCAGACUUUACUGCAGAUGAUUGCAGAAAGUGUGACUAAUGAGUUAGAUGAAGAAAAUGAAUGGAAGAACAAUUUGAAAAGUGACACAUCUUCAGCUGAGGUUAGAGAGACGAUUAAGGAUGAUCAAGGGAGCACCAAAAGCAUCACACAGAGACCUAAAAGCUCCCCUGCCCCUCGUUUGUCUCCAACAAACCUCUUCAUAAAGAAUAAAAGCAAUCUGUUUUCGGAGAUGAGAGAAACAUUCUUUGACGUGUCCAAUGAAGCUGAUGUCUACUUACAUGAUAAGGUGGAAGCAAUGGAAAGGAGACGUCAAGAAUUCAGCACCCAAAAAUAUCGGUCCUUAAAUACCAUUAGUAACUUCCGUGAAGAUGUGGAGAAGAUGCGAAAAGCUUUUCGCCAUGUAAAGGAAGAAAAAGACUACACAGACACUAGGAACUGGUUUAUAAUGCUGCUUUCCAUGAUUCCUACUGCUCUGAAGAAUGACCAGAAAAUAUGCAAGAUUUUAGAAAAGCUGGAAAAGCUAGAGGAGAAGCAGUUUAUCAGAAUACGGCCUAACUCCUUCCUGAAGGUUCUGAGUGGACUUCGUACUUGGGAAUUGUGUUCUCCUGACAUAAGUGUGGCUAUAGAGUUUGUAAGAGAACACGUAGUGCAGAUGUCGUUAGAGGAUUACAUAAGCUGGCUUCAGACUCGACUGGCUUCCUCAGCAACAAGUAGGGCUCAGAGUGCCCCACCACAGAGAUGUCCUCCACAACUCCAUGCAGUAACAUAGGACCAUCAUUCAAAGAAACACUUCACAUGUCUCAACACUUAGGUUUUUGUGCUGGUUUUGUUUGUUUUUUACAGCUUUUUUAUGUUUUGUUUAAUGACGUCCCUUAACAAGAUUAUGUAUUUCACCUUUGAUAAAUAUUUGAUUUGUACUUUUUUACAUAGUUAUUGAGAAUACACAGUUGAUGCAUGCACUGUUUACAGACAUUGUAAGCUUUCUAUAAUUCUUCAUGAGGUGACACUAAAUAUGUAACCCAACAGAGAUACUGCAUAUCUAUUUGACAACUGUUAAGUGUCCUAAUAGGAAUUAUCAUGUAGGCUCAAUUCACAAUAAGUUUGGCCAUAUGGUUGACAGUUUGAGUCUUAAAAUUAGGCUUCAUGCACCCAACCAUAUCUGUUUUGUGGUUUGCAAAUCGUGGAUCCGCAAAGUACGGAUAACGGCAAUGUGUUCCGCACACAUUAAAAAUGCCUAUUCUUAUUCGCAAAAUGGGCAAGAAUAGGAUGUUCUAUUUUCUUUUUUUUUCUCUUUUUUUGGAUGAAUAGGCAUUUGGAUGCAUUCAGCAGACGGUGUGCUGUCCGCAUUUUUUGCAGCCCCAUUGAAAUGAAUGGGUCCACAUCGAAUCCGCAAAAAUUAGGGAUCGGGUGCAGACCAAAGAAACAGUUGUGCGCAUGAUGCCUUAAAAUAAAAAAAGGAAGUCUGUGAAUAAAUACUGUACAGCAAGGAUCCCUUUUUUCUAUCUUUUCAGCUAACAAUGGAGGAGAUUAAAUGUGGAGAAACAAUCGUUACCCUGCAAACAGUAUGCACAUGUCUACAGCAUUGUGUGAAACGUGAAACCAUUAACAUGCAGACACAGCAGGCUGUAUCUUUACCUGUGGAGCGUGCAACCACCUUAACAAACAUUCGUAGAAAUGUCACUCCAUUCAUCGCAUGACAAAUGUUCAUUUAACGAAGGCUGCAUCUGUAUGUUAAGAGUGGUCAGUGGCAGAGUCAUGAAAAAGGCCCAAAAAAGUUCACUUCCCCAUGAAUAAAAAAAAAUUGAUCCAUCAGAUGGAUACCAACUAUUUGCCUUUUUGCGAAGGGGCAGUUCGAUGAUCUGUUAUAGGCGUAUUCCCAUCUUAGAAAGACCCCCACUGAUAAAGUCUUGGCAAUAUGCCGUCACUUUAUAAAAUGGGAGUAAAGCCUGUAUUAGACAGGCAGAUCAGCAAGCAAUUGUUGGGAGGCAAGCGUUCCCUCCCGGAAAUCACUUGCUAGCUAGCGGAAGAGACCUCUGCUAUUACAUACAGUGUUUUCCACCGCAGCAUAGGGAGGAGCGAUCACUAUACCAUCGCUCCCCCCUAUGUUGUCUAGUGGUUUGCCAGAGGUAGAUCGCUAUUAGACAGCACUGAUUUUUAAACAUGCUUAAAGGUUGUAGCUUUUAAUGGCACCAUUUUAUGGGUACAUAUACUCAUUGAUUAACUAUCCUUGGGGGGGUUGUCACUUCAGUAAGUGGCAUUUAUCAUGUAGAGAAAAUUAAUACAAGCCACUGAGUAAUAUUUUGUGAUUGUCCAUAUUGCUUCCUUUUCUGGCUGAAUUCAUUUUUCCAUCAAGUUAUACACUAUUCGUUUCCAUGGUUACGACCACCCUCGUACUUGCACACUAUAGGAAAAAACGCCAGCCUCUAAGGUGACUGUGACCGUGGGAGCGCACAUAGGCUGUUGCUUUUUUAUAGCAUGCACGCACAGCCACGCUGAUGGAUUGCAGGAUGGUCACAACCAUAGAAGCAAGCAGUGUAUAAUG